UGGAGAGUGCACGGAGUUUGAACGAUGUGGUGGAAAGUUUUUUCCUUGGUAAAUAUGCUGAUUGUCGAUCGAUGCUGGCGAAGAUAUCGGCUGAUGAUAAAUGGGCGAAGUCAGUGGUUGCUCAGUGUCUUGUGGAAAAUAACGUGAUUGUCUGUACAUGCAAGGAAGGAUCAGUGAAAGACGAGAGACUGAUGAUCUCUGAGAUGGUUAACAGAUUGACCAAGGUGUCAAAGAUGAUACAAGGUUUACCUCCGUCUCUGAAAGCACUUCCAGUUGAGUUGAUCAUCACCUUCAACACAUCUGCAUUGCUCCUUCAGCAGAUGUACCAGAUUGAAGCAGUUCAGACCAGUUUGAGCCAGACUGGUCAGGCAACUCAUCCUGUUUCAGUGAGUUGGAGUCAGAUUCAGGAGAUUGCCACUGCAACCUUGCAAAGAGUUUGCUGUGCCAUGGGUUCUAUAGAAUCCACACCAGACAUUGAAAAACUCCUGAGAUGCAUCGCCAGUUUUGCUCAUUUGGUACCCUCAGACGUGAUCUCGCUGGUGUCCCUGCAUUGCUGUGUGUUAAGUCUUGGUCACAUGAUCAACAAGCAAUACCAAAAUGCACUUAGCUUGCUGCAUGAGGCUUUGAAGAUUCAGCCCAGGCAGAGCCAAGAUGACAGACAGAGGACACCGUCACAGUGUUUAAUGAUGAGUCUUCAAGUUGGUAACGCUGUAGUGGAUAUCAGUCAAAUACAACGUAACAGUUCAACACUCAGUGUUGGAGAUCUUGCCCAAUUCUUAUUGGUCACCGGCUUGUUUCAAACUGGCCAGUGGAAUGACUGCUUGCAUCAUAUCAGCACAAAGGAGCCAAGAUUACCCAGUUCCCUUGACUCAACUCAAAAACUCAUCCAAGGAUACAGCUUGUUUCAGACAGGCAAUUUUAAAUCAGCGCUGGAACAUUUGGCACCAUUAGCUGAAAGCCCAGAUUUUGAUGUCACAUUGAAAGUUAAAACGAUCAACCUCAUUGGCUGCUGCUUAGCAAACCUGAAGAAACCUUACACAGCAAUACAGAAGUUCCAAGAAGCCUUGAAGAUGGACUUCAGCUACCUUUGCCCCUUGUACAAUAUCACCCUAGUCUACCAACAUCUAGGACUUCAAGAUGCUGAAAUGGAGGCACUUGACCUUCUUAUCAAAAUCCUUAGAGACAAAGAUACAAAAGCCACUCAUCCCUCAGCGUGUGAUGUAAUUCUGGGAUCACAAGCUUUGUCAACUGCAACUGCAGAUGAGCAGAGUGGCAUCUACAGCAUGGAUGAGCAGAGCCUUAGUGUUGUCGUUAUCUUGUAUAGGCUGGCAAGGAGGUAUUUGGGACUAGACAGACAUAGUGAUGCGGUAAAUAGGUACCAAGAACUUCUUAGUUUUAUUGAGAAUGACUCCUCAUCGUUAAUCAAGCUUCCACAGGUCCAUCAAGAAGAUUCUAUUUCUCUCCCUUCAUUGCACACAAUCUAUCUGGAGACUGCAUUGUCUUUGUACAAUGCUAAUGACAUCAAACAGUCACUCAAAAUCACUGACAGAAUCAUUACCAAAAUGGGUCCUAAGGUUGGACACAAGACUAGAACAUCUGACUCAGCCUCAGGCAGCGGAGCUGGUGAAGAUGCUGGAAGACAACAUGGUCAGCCUAGAAUGAGCGAUGAUGUGUUUCCUGGGCCCAGUUUCCGUGGCAACAGUUCAGGAGUUGAGGAGCUAGACGUUGUGGUUGCUGUACCGUCGUGCAGUGGAGUCGGUCCAGGAAAAUCAGCAAGGAGAACCUCAAUUGAUUCCUGUCUGAAGCUGGCAUCCAAAAUUUCUUAUAAAGUGCCAUCUCUGAAAAUAUUAACAUUGGCCAGGAGACGCCGACCUGGAGAAAGGGAGAAUUCUCAAGAAUCUGCCGAAAGACUCUUGAUUGCCAAUGCUCUCCUGCUGAAAUCCAACUGCCUCAUCCUGUCAAAAGAAUUGGCCCAGGCUUUAGACAUCACCAACGAGUUACUCGUCUAUCUGUCGGAUGUGGCAAGCACUGAAGAUCAGACAGAUGAGAUUGGAUCUUGCUCCAGGGGGAUAGAAAUUAAUAUGGAGAGUGGAAGUGAUGGUGAGCAGCCAGUGAGUAAAAAGAGGAAGAUUGAAUCAACACACGAAAAUAAAGAGACGACCUUUGCCCCUACUCGUACACCAAAAGAAACAAGAAAGCCACAGCCAAUAAUGGAAGGUCUACUGGAAAUGAAAGCAAAAGCUUAUAGCAACAAAGCGAUGAUUCUGAUAGGCCAGAAGAAGCAUUCAGAGGCUCUUCACAUGCUGGUUUUGGGCACCCAAUGUUGUCCAGAUGACAGUGACGUCAUGUAUAACUACACUUUAUUGCUGACAAAGUUGGGACGCUUGGAGGAAGCAAGAAAAGUAAUGUCAAAGCUGCUGGUAUUGGAGGCUAGUCUUGAGAUGUCACCGCUAUCACAAUGCUUGUUGAAACAUGAUUAGGAAGUAAGUCCAUUGCU